AUGGAGAGAAAAAAAUAGAAGUGUGGAAACAAGAAAGGAGAGGAGGAGAGGGACUUGGAAGAGAGGGAACCUCCAGAGAGAAAGACGGCUUUUUAAGCUUUUUCUUUUCUUUGGUUUGUGCGUUUGCUUUGCUUGUGAGCCUUAUUAAUGGCCCAAACAGAGAAAACAAACACACACACACCAGAGAGAUUUUUCUUUUCUUUUCUUUUCUUUUCUUUUCUUUCUUAAUAAUAAUCCCAAGUUCCAACCCAUUAAACGACGAAAUUUAAAUGAAAAUUUCAGUGGGAUUAUUAUUUUUUUCCUCCCCCUCUUUCUCUCUCACUCUCUUAACUCUCUCUCUCUCUCUCUCUCUCUCUGCUUCGAUCGGAUCUGAAAGGGACUCAAAGUUCUUUCACUUUCUCUGACUUCUUUUCUGAGUCUUGUAAGUUAUUGGGUUGAAGAGGGUCUUCUCACUUUCACUUCCUUCAUCAGCAGUCAUGAAAGAUCGCUUCCUCAUCCUCUAAUCAGUGCCUUUGCAAAAUUACUCCAAUGGAGCCGCUUGUUGAUGGAAUUGGUUCUUUCUCACAAAAUCAGAAUUCUGCAUCUGCAUUAGGCUACAACCCUUCUUCUGCCUCGGUGAUUAGUCCUCAUCUGCCAUCUGUCAAACCGUCCGGGGCUUCCUCUGCAUCCUGUGGAACCGCUGCUGCGGAUCAUGGGAUGAAGGAAGCCUGCUUUCCGAUGGAUUCUGUACUUCAUUCAAAGCUUUCAUAUAAAACAACCCAUGACCACAUGGAAAAAGGACUACCCAAUUCAUCACAACCCCAUUACAAACCAAACAAGGCAAAAUUGGAAUUUGUGGGUCCAAAUAACGUUCUUGAUACAGUGGAAAUUUUGAGUCAGAAACAGGUUUCAACAUCAGAAACCAUAUCUUGCACGAGCAAUUCUGUUGAUGAAUCAGAGAAUGGUAAUUCAAAAAGCUUGUUGGAACCAAUGAACUUUGUUUCAAACCAACAUAAAGGAGGUUUAGCUGGUCAAUUAACCAGCCAUGUGACAACUCAAUCGGGAAUUAGCUUCUGUCCAAGUCCUCAAAACAGUUUCUAUUCUGGUACGCAGUACAUGGAAGCCAAACAAAGUUUCACCAACACAGAACUGAGUGAAUGUGCAAGCAGUGUCGAGAAGUCUGCUGAAAGUGGUGAAGUUUCCAACUCGGGAGAUUUUGUUGAGAGUAGGAAGACAAGUAUUUACAGAGGCAGUACUGGCAGUGAUGUUAGCGAUGAGAGCAGCUCAAGCAGUUUAAGCAGUACUCUGUACAAACCCCACAAGUCAAAUGAUACAAGAUGGGAAGCAAUUAAAAUCAUCAGAUCUCGUGAUGGGGGUCUUGGAUUUAACCAUUUUAGGCUGUUGAAAAGAUUGGGAUGUGGUGAUAUAGGCAGUGUUUAUCUGUCUGAGUUGACUGGCACGAGAAGUUAUUUUGCCAUGAAAGUUAUGGAUAAAGCAGCUCUAGCAAGUCGGAAGAAGCUUGUGAGGGCGCAAACAGAAAGAGAGAUAUUACAAUCCUUGGAUCAUCCAUUUCUGCCCACUUUGUAUACACAUUUCGAGACAGAGAAGUUCACUUGCUUGGUGAUGGAGUUCUGUACUGGGGGUGAUUUGCAUGCACUCCGGCAAAGACAACCUGGAAAGUAUUUUCCAGAGCACGCUGCCAGGUUUUAUGUGGCAGAAGUUCUCCUAGCUUUGGAGUAUUUGCACAUGCUUGGAAUCAUUUACAGGGACCUCAAACCAGAGAAUGUUUUAGUGAGAGAAGACGGGCAUAUAAUGCUUUCGGAUUUUGACCUUUCCCUAAGAUGUGCUGUCAGCCCAACCCUAGUCAAAUCCUCAAACUCGACAUUUGAAUCCAAGAAUUCAGCAUACUGUGUUCAGCCCGCUUGUAUCGAGCCAUCCUGUGUAAUCCAGCCAGCUUGCAUCCAACCCGCAUGUUUUGCACCACGUUUCUUUAACAAGUCAAGGAAAGAAAAGAAGACCAAACCGAAACCAAAGCCCGAAAUAUAUCAUCAAGCGUGCCCUCUCCCUGAGCUCAUUGCUGAACCCACAAGCGCUCGAUCAAUGUCCUUUGUGGGUACACACGAGUAUUUAGCGCCUGAAAUUAUAAAAGGCGAAGGCCAUGGAAGUGCUGUCGAUUGGUGGACGUUUGGGAUCUUUCUCUAUGAGCUCUUGUUUGGAAAAACUCCUUUCAAAGGCGCGGGGAAUCGUGCUACUUUGUUCAACGUGGUUGGACAACCCUUAAGAUUUCCUGAGUCUCCUACUGUGAGUUUUGCUGCUAGGGACUUGAUCAGAGGUUUACUCGUGAAAGAACCACAGCAUCGCCUUGCAUAUAGACGGGGGGCCACUGAAGUCAAACAGCAUCCAUUUUUCCAGAGUGUGAAUUGGGCGCUCAUUCGUUGCACAAAUCCACCGGAUGUUCCAAAACCGUUCAUGAUGGACUUGUCUGCAAGAAAUGAUAUGCAGAAGGCUAAUAUGACAGCAGAGAAAGUGCCAGGCGUUGAUGUGAAGCCUUCAGGUAAUUAUUUAGAGAUUGAUUUCUUCUGAAUCUUAUGUUUGUUUUCUUUGUGAGUCGCGUUUGAUCAUCACCUUAUUUUUAGUGAGCUUCAACAAUUCUUUUCCAUUGCAAGGAACACAAAUUUGUUGUUCCUUUGAUAAGCAUGUGUUACUCCUUACCAGUAGACAAUAUAACCAGUGCUGAUGAAAUGCUAAUGCACAGAAAUGAGGAAUGAGAUUGCUGAACUUUGUUAAAACCUAUCUAAGUCAGAGUACAGUUUCUUUAUAUUAGCGAUA